AUGGAAUUGAGUAUGGUUGGAACAUCUGGACAGAGUCAUAAGACUUUCGAAGCUGAGGACAGACUCAGCAUUUUACCUGAUGCACUUCUUAUUCAAAUACUGUCACUUCUACCUACUAAACUCUCAGCGCAAACUGGGAUUUUGUCUAAAAGAUGGCGGGAUCUUUGGGUUUCAGUUCCCAUUCUAGAUUUUGAUGUGCCUCUAUGGGCGAAUUUCAAGGGUCAUGAGAAAGACUUCGAUGGAUAUGCGAAGUCUAAGAUGAAGAUUUUCGCAGACUUUGUGGACAGAUUGCUGGCUGUUCGUGGUAAUUCGAGGAGCAUUAGAAAACUGAGGCUGAUUUGUGAUCAGCUUGAUCCUCAGUGCUUCCAUACCUGGAUGUGUUCAAUGCAUGAUCUUGAAGAACUUGAACUAAAAGUAACGGAAUUCGGGGAAAUGGGAUGGAAUCACCUUACCUUCCCAGCUGCAUCCCUCAAAGUUAUGAAACUAAGUGGAGAUAUUCUGCUUAACAUCCCGUCUGCUCUUUCAUUUCCUAGCCUUAAGAUCUGUCAUCUCAACUCAGUCAAAUAUAUAGAUGACUUGUCUAUCAGGAUGGUGCUCUCUCUCUCUGGUUGCCCUGUCCUUGAGGAUUUGCAAAUAAUAAGGGGACCAGGAUGGGAUAAUGCUAAGGACUUCGUCAUCUCAGUGCCUUCAGUGAAAAGGUUAGAUUUAGGCUUCGAAAUUGAAGAGGCGUCCUUAUAUUCAGAGGAAGAUGAUGAAGUCAUCAGGUGCACAUUGAAAGUUGAUGCGCCAAAGGCGGAGUAUCUAAGACUUGUCGAUUAUAUGUCAGAUUGUAUCACAGUGCAAUGUAUGCCUAAUGUGAUUGAGGCAGAAAUUACUGUCAUCAAACUUAAUGAAGGGGGACGUAGGACGUUUGAAGAGAUCAUCGAGGAUGGAAACAGCUUGUGUAGACUAUUUCACAGUAUCCCCAAUGUGAAGUAUUUAACAAUUGGAAAUUUCACAAUGGAGUCUCUCAGUUAUGCUGAGGAUCUAAGAUUACCAAUGUAUCACAACUUGGUUCGCCUGGAGGUGGAAUUUGACGGAGAGAAUGGUGCAAUGUUACUGCCAAUUUUGCUUGAAACCUCUCCAUUGCUGGAGACGCUUAUCGUGCCCCGGGGGAUCACCAAUCCUCUCCAAGAAAGAUAUCUUUGGAAGCCUCCAACAGAUGUGCCUCAUUGUUUGCUUUUUACCUUAAAGGUGGUAGAAAUUUGGGCAGUUACCGGUGAAGUAGAGGAAGAAGUGAAGCUGUUGAAAUAUUUUCUGCGAAAUGCUAUGGUUCUGGAGAGGAUGACAAUAUUAUGCUAUGAAUUUAAUGUUUCUGGUGGACCAUGGGACAACGUCGAGGAAAGGAGUUCGGCACCUCGUGCACUCGUCGAUAGAUUUCCCUUCAGGCAGGACCUGAUGAAUUAUGCCAGGGAUUAUUCUAAUGAAGCCGGCUGUUGUAGCAGGGAAUUCAAAGGUGGAAAAUUUCCACAACUUUAUCUUCCCCUGGAAGUCUCUGCUAUUGGGGGCUUGCCUUUGUUCUCUUGGACUUGGAAUGUACCAUUGUAUACCAUGGACUUGAGUUUGGGAGGGACAUCAUCAAAGAUUCUGAAAACUGAGUUUGAUGGCAAAGCGCAAGAUAGAAUCAGCCAUUUACCUGAUGCAGUUCUCUGUCAUGUUCUCUCUUUUCUCCCCAUUAAAUCAGCUGCAAGAACAGGGAUUUUGUCGAAAAGAUGGAAGGAUCUUUGGGUUUCAGCACCUGCACUAGAUCUUGAGACGAAUUUUAAAGGUGAUUCGAGAACCUUUGAGAACGAGGCAAAAACCCGGAAGGAUAUAUUUAUAAGCUUUGUGGAUAGACUUUUCGCAGUUCGUGGCAAUAUGAGCACUCGUAAAUUCAGGCUGGCAAGUGAUCAAGUCGAUCCUGAAUCCCUCAAUAACUGGAUGAGCAUUAUGCAUGGUGUUGAAGAACUCGACCUCCGUUUGUGGAAUUUUGGUGGAGGCCUCGAGAUCCUGGAUCUCGAGUCAGUGCUUUUUGAGGACGACUUAUCAAUCAAAAAGCUUCUUUCCAGUUGUCCUGUCCUUGAGGAUUUAACAAUACGAAGAGACUACCUACGGGAUCACAUCAAGAACUUUGUCAUCUCCGUGCCUUCAGUGAAAAGGCUGGAGUUAGAUUUCCAAAUCGAUGAAGACCUCUUAUAUGAUCUGGAGGACGGCGAAGUAAUCGAGUGCAGCUGGUUUGUUGAUGUACCGAAAGUGGAGUAUCUAGGAGUUACUGAUAUGUCAAGAAGUAUCAUUGUGAAUCCCAUGCCCUAUGUGACUGAGUCCCAUGUUUUUGUGUCCAAAGGGUUUGAAGAUAUUACACCAGUAAGUGACGAUGGAAGCAAUGUCUGUGCUCUACUUAGCGAAAUCGCAAACGUGAAGUACUUAAAAGUUGGAUGUUGCACUUUAUGGGAUCUCGGCGAAACUCUCAUUAAAACGCUACCAAAAUUUCACAACUUGGUGCGCCUGGAGGUGUAUUCUGACGAUUUGAACGGUGCAAUUUUGCUUCCAACUUUGCUUGAACUCACUCCAAUGCUGGAGACCCUUGUGUUGCCCCAGGGGAUCAUCUAUUCAACUGAAGAAGGGUUUAUCAGUGAGGAGAAUCAAGUUGGAAAGUAUAUUUGGAAGCCUCCACAAACAGUGCCCGAUUGUUUGCGCUACACCUUAAAGGUGGUGGAAAUACACCGAAUUAGUGGCAAAGAAGAGGAAGAACUAAAGCUGAUCAAAUAUUUUCUGGAGAAUGCAAUGGUUCUGGAGAGGAUGACAAUCUGGUGUAAAGAAUGGAUUCCUAUAAUCAGCAGUUUACCUGAUGAAUUACUUUGUUACAUGCUGUCUUCCUGUUGGACCAGAACGAUCACAACAACAAAGGUUGUUAUUAGUCACAGGUGUUCAGCCGGGGAAAUUUGGUGUGGUGGACCCAUUUGCUUGCCAUUGUUCUCUUGGAAUUUAUCAUUAAAAAUCAUGGACUCGUGUCUGCAAGGGACAUCAGCAAAGAUUCAGAGAACCUUUGAAGGAGAGGAGUUUGAUUGCAAAGAACAAGAUAGAAUCAGCGAUUUACCUGAUGCACUUCUGUGUCAUGUACUUUCUUUUCUCCCCAUCAAAUCUGCUGCAAAAACUUCCAUCUUGUCUAAGAGAUGGAAGGAUCUGUGGGUUUCAGUGGAUGUUCUGGAUCUUGAUAUAAAUUUAAGGGCGGAUUUCAAAGGUGAUUGGAGCUCCUUUGAGGACAUAGCAAAGAGUCAGAAGGAGAGAUUCAUAAGCUUUGUGGAUAGACUUUUUGCAGUUCGUGGCAAUACGAGCAUUCGUAAAUUCAAGCUGAUAAGUGAUCAGGUUGACCCUGAAUCCCUUAAUAACUGGAUGGGAAUCAUGCCUGGUGUUGAAGAACUCGAUCUGUGUUUAUGGUGUUUUGGUGGAGAGUUGAGAUGGAGUAACUUAUUACUAGGUAAAUCUCUCAAAGCUAUGAAACUUGAAGGUCAUAUGGUGAUUAACAUCCCGUCUAGUCUUUCUUUUCCUAGCCUUGAGAUACUGCAUCUAGAUACAGUGGAUUAUGUAGACGAUACAUCAAUCACAAACCUACUUUCUGGUUGCCCUGUCCUUGAGGACUUGACAAUAAGAAGAUCUUUCGCUUGGGAUUACAUCACGAACUUUGUCAUCUCAGUGCCUUCAGUUAAAAGUAUCAUAGUGAAUCCUAUGCCUUGCGUGACUGAGUCGCAUGUUUCGGUCUCCAGAGAAUAUGAGUAUGAUCCACCAGAAUAUGCAGGAAAUGUUUGUGCACUGUUUUGCAGUAUCUCAAGUGUCAAGUAUUUAACAAUUGGAUGCUACGCAAUGAAGGCUCUCAGUGAAACCCGCAUUGAAAUGCUACCAAAAUUUCACAACUUGGUUCGCCUUGAGGUUGUUUUUGAUGACGUGAAAGGCGCAAUGUUGCUGCCACAUUUUCUUGAACUCAUUCCAAAGCUGGAGACCCUUAUGUUGCCUCAGGGGAUCACCGCCCCUUUCGAAGAAGGCUUCAGUAACGAUGGUAAUCAAAUUGUGGACUAUCUCUGGGAGCCUCUACAAAAUAUCCCACAUUGUUUGCUAUAUACCUUGAAGUUUGUGGAAAUUCGGCGAAUCACUGGGGAAGUAGAGGAAGAACUGAAGAUGUUGAAGUAUUUUCUCAAAAAUGCAAUGGCUCUGGAGAGGAUGACAAUUUUGUGUGAAGAACUUACUGUUUGUGAUGGAUCAAUGGAUUUUGUUCAUAGAUUGCCCUUCCGACAUGAACUGAUGAAUUAUGCGAGGGGUUCUCCAGCUUGUCAACUUGAAAUACAAUUUCCUGAGCCAAAAGUUCACUCGACUUGA